AUAUUGUGUGUAACUAAGAGACAUGGCAAUGGCAUGUGAAAGGAAGAAGAUCCUGUGGUUGGUUCUGCAUCUUCUUAUGAUGGUAUUUGUGAAGGGAGCACCCCAAGUGCCAUGCCUUUUCAUCUUCGGUGACUCACUUUCUGAUAGUGGAAACAACAACGAUCUUGCAACCGUUGCCAAAGCCAAUUUCAAACCAUAUGGCAUUGACUUCCCUUUUGGCCCAACCGGAAGAUUCACCAAUGGCCUAACCACAAUUGACAUAAUUGGUCAGCAACUGGGAUUUGAGGAAUUCAUCCCACCCUUUGCAAACACAAGUGGCUAUGACAUUCUUAAAGGUGUUAACUAUGCAUCUGGUGCUGCUGGAAUUCUUGUGGAGAGUGGCUCUCAUACAGGUGCCGUGAUCAGUCUAGGACUACAGAUAGCACAUCACAGAGUAAUUGUUUCCAGAAUCGCCAGCACACUGGGAAGUAUGAACAAAGCUCAGGAAUAUCUUAGCAAAUGCUUGUAUUAUGUGAACAUUGGCAACAAUGAUUACAUAAACAAUUAUUUCCUGUCACAAUUGUACCCAACAAGCCAAAUCUAUACCCCUCAUCAAUAUGCACAACUUCUCAUUCAACACUUCGAACACAAUUUACUGGAUCUGAUUGAUGUUGGAGCAAGAAAGUUGGUGAUAGUUGGGUUGGGCCUUGUAGGUUGCACUCCAAAUUCCAUCAAAACUUUUGGAACAAACGGAUCUUGUUAUGAAGAGGGAAAUGAAGCAGUGUCCAUUUUCAAUAGCAAGCUAGUAACACUGGUGGAUUCUCUCAAUUUCAACCUCUCUCCUUAUUCCAAAUCCAUCUUUAUAAACUCUACAGCAGUUGCCAAUGCAAAUACCAAUGCACCUGGCUUUACGGUUUCAACAGUUGGUUGCUGUGUUACGGGGUGGAGUGGAGAGUGUAUUGAAAAUGAAAAACCAUGCUAUAAUAGGAAAGAGUACGUGUUUUGGGAUGAUUUUCAUCCCACAGAGGCAUGGAAUCAAAUAAAUGCAAUAAAUGCGUAUGCUGCUACCAAUCCAUCAUUCGUGCAUCCUAUGGAUAUCAAGCAACUUGUUGACCAACAAGUCAAUAUUAUGCUACCGGAAUUUCCACACCACUUCAAAUCACACCUCACUACUACUAGUGCCCUUUAAAAUUAAAAAAUAAAAAAAUAAGUAAGGUACUUAUAUGAUCCGAUGAAUCCUCAUUAGUGUUAAUCGAAGAGAAUAAAUGGACAAGUUAAAUUGUGGAGACGGGAGAUUAGAGUAGCUUGUUUAUUAGCUACUAUCUCGUAUAGGCGGUGUUUUUAUAUAUAAAUAAAUAAAUGUGAGAGAGUAUGUACCUUUGUUUA